AUGGCACCAAAUACUUGCACAAUUGUGUCAUUUCUACUUGCCUUGACAUUCUCUCUUCCAUUCAUAGCAUUUACAGCACAGUUCAAUGUCGUCAGCUAUGGAGCCAGACCAGAUGGCAAGACUGACUCAAGCAGGGCCCUGUUGAAUGCAUGGGCUCAGGCCUGUGCCUCCAGAAGCCCAUCUACCAUUUAUGUCCCUCAAGGAAGGUUCUUCCUUGGCAAUGUGGUGUUCAAGGGUCCUUGCAAGAACAAUGCCAUCUUUCUCAAAAUCGAUGGUACACUGGUUGCUCCCUCUUACAAUACUGCUCACAAUUGGAUCAUGUUUAGGGAUGUCGAUAAUGUCGCAGUCUCUGGCGGCACACUCGACGGCCAAGGCACCUCCUUGUGGGCUUGCAAGGCCUCCGGGAAGAGCUGCCCUCUUGGUGCUACGUCGCUGGAGUUCUCAAAUUCAGACAACGUUGUGAUUAGUGGACUAACAUCCUUAAACAGCCAAAUGUUCCACAUUGUCAUUAAUGAAUGCCAGAAUGUGAAAAUACAAGGAGUGAAGGUGUCUGCCUCUGGAAUUAGUCCCAACACUGAUGGCAUUCAUGUCGGGGGAUCCACCGACAUCACAAUUUUGAACACCAUGAUUUCCACCGGUGAUGAUUGUAUCUCCAUCGGCCCUGGCACCAAUAACCUUUGGAUCGAGAAUGUCGUUUGCGGCCCUGGUCAUGGGAUCAGCAUUGGAAGUUUGGGGAAGAAGUCUCAAGAGGCAGGGGUUGAGAAUGUGACAGUUACAAAUGUUCAAUUUAUUGGUACACAAAAUGGAGUGAGAAUCAAGUCUUGGGGAAGACCUAGUAAUGGAUUUGCUAGGAACGUUUUGUUCCAAAAUUGUACGAUGAUUAAUGUCCACAACCCAGUUGUUAUUGAUCAAAAUUACUGCCCCAACAACAAAAAUUGUCCUGGAGAGGCUUCUGGAGUUAGAGUAAGCGAUGUGACAUACCGAAACAUCCAGGGAUCGUCGGCGACAGAAGUGGCAGUGAAGUUGGAUUGUAGUAAGAAGAACCCAUGUAGUGGUAUUAGAAUGGAAGAUGUGAAGCUUAGUUUCAAGAACAAACCUCCUCAAGCUUCUUGUGUUAAUGCUGGUGGAGUCACUUCUGGUUUUGUUCAGCCAAGAUGCUUGUAG